AUGGUUUUUGAUGGCAAAGAUGUGGAUCCCAGAAGCACUUUGCAGAUGGCGUGUGCAGAGUCAGAAGCAUGGCUUGCGGCCCAAGCCUUUACGAACGCCAUCGACAAAAGUCCCGACAACACAACAAACCCCCCACUGACAACAACAACAGAUACGAUAUUCCCACGAUGCCAGGUAGAUGCAUCAUGGGUAUAUGGUAAACAAUUUUUUGGAGGCGGUUUUGUUCUGGAUACAGGGCAUUACAGCUCACUACAAGGAUCCUUCGCGAGGUCCCAAGUCCUAUCGCCAUUACACGCAGAGUUUCAAACUUUACUUUGGGCGAUGUCUACGGUCCGACAGUUUGGAUACACCUCUAUGAGGUUUGAAACCGACUGUCUUCAGCUGACCAGGCUUAUCGAAGCAGAAGAAGAAUGGCCCUCGUUGGCCUCGGAGUUUGAUGAAUUCUUAUCAUUACAAGCUCGUUUCCUCUCUUUUUCACUUAGUUUUAUUCCACGUUCAAAUAAUGUCCGUGCCGAUGCUCUCUCUAAAGAGGCUCGAGCACGCGAAAACACUUUUUCCCAUGUACAACCUUUAGCUCCGAUUCGUGUGGCCUCACAAGCUACCCCUAUCGAAGCAAUCUAA